CAAAAACAGAAAACUCAGUGGACGUGAACCCCCCAGGCCACGCAGCUGGACAAUUCAAACAGGAUUCUUGUUUUCUUCUACUUCGUCCUGUUCUCUUCUGUUUUCCCUGCCCCUGUGUGUAAAUGUGGUGGCUUCGUUUCAGUCCCGACCUGUUUUUCCACUCUGUCGUCACGUCACCUGUUGAGAUCUGAUAACCCGGAAGUGAGCGCUCUUGUUGUCACCUUAGGUUGCWGCUUUACAGGUGAGAGGGAAGCAGCUCGAGCUGGUGAAGUUCUUGGAAAAGAAGCAGCAAAAGAGCGAAACUAAGCUGUUUACUCGACGUGAGGAUUAUUUUGUGGAACUUUAUCUUCAUAGUUUAGGCAGAAAUACGGGAGAGGACCGAGUGUGUGAAAGAAAACAGCGAAGAAACAUGGGGCGCCUCGUUUCACUGCUUUUGUUCCUGUGCGCCGCGACAGGUUUAGAUGGAAAAGGUUUUGACGUCACAACCACAACUCCAACUCCGAAAGUAAAAGAAAAUGAAGGUGUGGACAUGACCUGCUCCUUUACAGCAGACUUUGGUUCAGAUCCCAGGAUAGAGUGGAGAUUCGUAGACUCAAAAGGCUCAGCAGGCUAUGUAAUGUUUGACAAAAAAAUAACAGAUUCAUACGCCAAUCGCGUAACAAUAUACAGCAACACAAAUUUGAGAUUCUCCAAAGUGACCAGUAAGGAUAACGGCGUGUAUUACUGUGAUGUGUCCAGCGCCAGUAGCACGCCUAAGAGUGCCAAGGUGGUUCUGACUGUUCUGGUGCCGCCAUCUGUACCAAACUGUGGAAUCCCCCAAACAGUGACGACGAAUACACGCGCCACCCUUACCUGCCAUGAUCCUAACGGUUCACCGCCACCAACAUACAGCUGGUACAAAGGCACCACCCUCCUUCCUGCCGACCCGAGCACCAAUGUUGCCUUCAAAAACGCCACCUACAAGCUGGAUACAAAAACAGGAAUGCUGGUGUUUCCUUCUGUGACCAAGAUGGACACUGGGGAAUACUACUGCGAGGUGAGCAACGAGGCCGGUCCUUCCCAGCGCUGCAAAAGUGUAAAGAUGGAAGUCCGUGACAUAAACACUGGAGGAAUUGUUGCCGGGGUAAUCUUUGGCCUUCUGUUGUUGGGCCUUUUGAUAUUCGGCCUUUGGUUUGCCAACAAGAAAGGAUAUCUUCCCUUGAAAACUGAAAGCAACAAGCAGUCAAGUGCGGCCUACAAACCUCCAUCAGUGUAUGGUGGUGGUGGUGGGGAGGAAGAUGAUGGGGAUUUCAAACAAAAGUCGUCAUUUGUGGUGUAGCAGGCGGCAGUCGGAAACCUCUGUUAAAUAUUUGUCUUUGAUUUUUUUUUUUUUUUUUUUUUUUGUAUUUGUGCUUUCAGUGCUGUUUUUACAAACCAUUUUGAUUCUCCUCAGAUAAUGAUUUCACUGUCACCCAUGUAAGAUUUUUAAGGAACCAUUUUGUACAUUUAUAGGUUUAGAUUAAAUGUAUCUUCUAUCUGCUGUUUUUGUCUGCCAGCAUGUUUCUGCUACUGAUUAAAGCUAAUGUUUGUGUUC